GCAGGUCGCUGGGGAAAUCCAGUUUCAGAGAAGGUCUGUACUUUUUUCAAGGAACACUAGGGGUGGGAAGCGCUCCAGAACGGGACAACGAUUUUUGAAAUCAAUCCUGAUACACUGACGGAUUUAUGGAUUUUAAUUCUGCCCUAAAAACGUGCACUGCGCUGAUAAAUCGGCCGGCAAUGACGUGGUUAGUUGUUCUCACCGGGGUAAUCGCGUGUAUAGGCAGGCCUGUGAGUGCAUCCUGUCCUAUUGUGAUGACCCCUCCCAGAGUUGUGGUGAAGCAUGGAGGCUCUUUCAGUGUCAUCUGCAGCACAUCGGAGGCACAGGUGGAAGGAAUGGGCUGGGAAUCUUCGCUGGGAGCCGUAAGCCUUACAGAUAAUGUCACAUCUCUCCCUUUUAAAAUAACGGCUCUGACUCAGUGGACAUUUUCUCCGCAAUGCUACAUGAAUCUCCUUAAUGGUGACCAGUGUCAGCAGAGACUUUCAGUCACUGUCUACAAAAUGCCUGACAGUGUGACCAUCUCUCCAUCAAGUCAUUUGGGCCCGAUGGUCGAAGGUAAAAAGUACAGCCUGCGGUGUGAUAUUGACAAAGUCGCUCCAGUGAAGAACCUCUCUGUCAUUUGGCAGAAAAGAAAUGAGACCAUCCAUAGUCAGUCGUACAACAGUGAGGUUAACACUCCAGUGCAAGAGUCAUCUGUCCUCAUAAUCAGUCCCAGUAGGGAUGAUAAUGGAGCUCAAAUCCACUGUGCAGCACAGCUGAACCUUGGACCAAUGGGACCAAAUCCUGCUGUGAUGGCAUCAAACCCACAUGAGAUGAUUGUACACUUCCCACCAACCUUCACGGGGCCUGAAACAGAGAAUGUGCAGCUCACAUCUAAGAGUAAAAAUAUUUUAAACUGUACUGCUACGGGAAACCCCAAGCCAGUAUACAGCUGGCAGUCUCCACAUCCCCUGCAAGUGGACACAAAAAAUAAAGCUGUUUUGACCCCUCCCAUGCUGCUUCCAGGGACCUAUAACUGCACAGCCACUAAUGCCAUUGCUAACAGGACCAAGAUGUUCAUUGUCUCUGAAGUUCAAGGAGGUCUAACAACAUUUGCAGCCAUAAUUGGAGCAGGGGUGAUCCUGGGAGCCAUACUCGCUGUUGUCCUUGGCAUGUUAGUAACAUCUGAAGGCACCUUUUCGACAACAAAGGGCAGCUGGCUCGCAGGAAGGACCUCCUCAUCAGGGAUUAUAUGAGUCUGACCUCUUAGUUUUUUGUUUUUGUUUGCAGUUAUGCAUGGCUUUUGAAUGAAACUGGGUGCUUAUGCUGAGGAUAAAUAUACCAACAUCAUUUUCUGAUGAUUGUCUAGGAGCAUGGUCUGUUUCGCAUGCUUAUAUGGUUUUGCUUCCUGCCUUGCAUUGACCACUGUGCCUUUUUAUAAAUGCAUGAUCUCAGUAGACUUCAACAUUUUUCUGUGUGGUUCAGUUUGUUGCAUCUUUUUGACAGUCACUGUAUACUGGUACUGAAACGGUACUGAAAUGUAAGCCAAUUUCUUUUUAGUUGAAAAACUGCUUGAUGAGUGAUCUGAGACUUUUGCAACUUCCAUCAAUCGAUACCACACAGCUGUCUUGAAACAGCCAUUGUUGCAUUGUUGCCUGUUUCCUCUUAAUUACAGAACUCAAGACCAUUGCACAAAGGACCAAACCUUAAGGUGCAAAUGGAGCCAUUCAUUGUUUUUACCAACUCAGGUAUUAUCUGUUCCUCUGUUUUUAAAUCGCUGUCACAAACAUUUGCAUGACAAAGCUAGAACAAUUACUUGAGAGGGCCCUGAGAUCUUGCAUAUGCGUCUGCUAAGGGGCAAAAUGCUGUUAGUGAGUUUUAUUAUGGUAAUAGUGUUUUGUUUUUUGUUUUUUUUUUGUGUGUGUGUUUUAAUGAUGUUUCAUCGCAUACAGUAUACUCAUGUUGUGAUUUUAUAUGCAGUGUUGCAACUUUUGAACUUUUGGUUUGUAUUUAUCAAAGCACUGAAAACUCUGGCCAUACUUAUGUUGUAAGCCAAAUUCAUGAUGCAUGGGCAACACUAUGAUGUUUUUUGUUUGUUUUUUUUUUUGUUUGUUUGUUUUUUUAACCAUUAGGUCUGAAUUUGAGCCAUUUCAACAUUUGUGUCUGGUCUACUGCUUUUGUUUUUUUAUGUUUCCCAUUUUAUUUAUUGUUGUUAGGAUUCACUUUUUAAACAAGUGAAAAUGAGCAGAAUGAGGGAAAAGUCAUCUUUCAAGGGAAAAGAGGCCAUUUAAAAUAUUGAUGUGUGUAAAUGUAGUUUUUAAGAUGCAUGGAUUCGUUGUUUAACGUAAGCCAACUCCUCUGUCAGUAAUCUUAGGCAGAAUACUGAUUUAGGCAAAGUCAAACCGCUCUUUUACUCAACUAUGUUUCCCCCGCCACCUUUUGUCAACCCCUUGGACUUCUCUCACCCAUUCUAUUUGGCAUACAUUAUACUGUACUGAGACUGCCAUACUAAUUAGUGCACAGCAAUGUGAAUCUGUGUAUCUGUUCUCCUGCCCAUGUCGGCCAAUAAAAAAAA